UCUCUCAAUCUUCGACUCAGCGAAUAAACCUGUGUGCAUAAAUCUGGACUAGUUGACAUUCGAUGCUACAUGUAGCUCGGCGGCUUCGCAACCGGGGUUUACCUCUACCUAAUGCUUAUUCGCAGCUGCUCAGAAACUGGAUGUUAAAUGCAAAGAGAAUGUGCCAAUAAUUAUUUUAUGGAAAUAGUCAAUCCCCAUCUUAUUCUUAUUGAGCUUUGACAAGUUGGUCACUGAGAUUUCCGCUUGAAUUACAGCUAAGUUUCUUAUGCAUUUCUUAUUGAGUUUUUUUUUUUUUCCAUUUUUUCCCUACCUCCUAGCUUCCAGGUCAAUGGCCUUCCUUUUAGUUUAUAGAAAUCUUGUCCCAGAGUUGCAGAGUUGGACUUUGCUCAAGUUUCAAACUCAGAAAACACGUACAUGGGGUUGUCUUUUAAGCAGGCUGGCACUAUACUCGGUCAACUAACUAGAUAUUUAUUUACAUAGCUAGAAGCCAAUUUCUUGUUCUCACAUUGCAGCUGCAUCUUUCCCCCUCGUCCCUUUCUCUCUUUAUCUGUAGAUAUAUAUUGCUUUUCAUUUUCUACAUUUGUUUUGCAUUUAUUUGCAUUCCCCUGGGGCAACGAACAGUUCACCUGAAACGAUGUUCACGAGAAUCCAAAGUAAUUAUGCUUUUCCCUUUGACUAUUAAUCUGCUGAUUUUGCUAAUUUUUCAUUUCGCUGCAAAGAUUCCUCUAUUUCCCUAGUUCUUUGGUAAAAGAGUUUUCAUUAUUAUUUGGGAAUGAGCAUCCAUAAAGCACCGGUUUUAGCCAUUCCACCUCCCUUUUUUUCCUGUUUCUCUUUACUAAAUUGGGGAUGCUAUGUUGAGAUUAAGAGACAUUGUUUUGUCUGAAUGAUGGUGUUAAAUCCACUGAUCAGAAGUGUUUUGAAUCUUGUAGCUCUGGCAUGGGCAGACAUAUUAAUUGCGUACGCCAUGUGGAUGCUCAUGAUCUAUUUAACAGAUGUAUGGAAGCUUGCUUUCACAUACUCUGCUGGCAUUAUCAAUGUAUACAUGGGUCUAACUGGCAUUAUGCCCCUAUUUAUGCAAUUCAUUGCCGAUACAGUAAUGGGGAACUAUUGGAUGCUCCUGUUUUCCUCUCUUGCAUAUUGCGCGGGAAUGGGCUUCUUGACAAUGUCAACACCACCCGUACUUUCUAAGCUUACCGGAACAUGUGGUUCCUAUGAGCCUGAAUGCAUUGGUGACACUCAACAUAUACUCUUUUACGCUGCACUAGCUCUAAUAGCUGUGGGAACAGCUGGACAUGUGACUUCUUUAGCUAGUUUCCUUGGUGAACAAUUAAUGGAUGCCAUUGAGAAUAUCUCCACCAGAUCAAUCAUCUCUGCUUAUAUUGGAAAUAUUGUAACAUUUUUUGUCAGCGUGGUUGCAGUUCUUGGAUUACCAUAUAUAAAGCCAUGGUCACUUCAUUUUGGGAUUCCAACCAUAUGUAUCCUGGUUGCAACAAUAAUAUUCCUUAGCGGAUCUCGUACAUAUGCAUAUGUUGGACCCCAAGGUAGCCAUCUAACAAUGGUGCUUAGGGUCCUUGUAGCUGCUGCAUCCAAGUUAUUCAGAAGACACCCAGCGGAUAGAUAUCAGCUCCAUGGAAUGAGUGAUUGUCCUCUCCCUCGCACACGUUUUCUCAGGUGCCUAGACAAGGCUGCGCUUGUACUGCCGGAUCAGUCAUUGGAACAACAACAAAAUAAUAGAUGGAGGCUUUGCACCGUCACAGAAGUCGAAGCUACCAAACUCAUAAUAGACUUGAUUCCGAUGGCAAUAUCUUUUAUUUUUUUGGGUUUGCUGUCUUCACUAGGGUAUACCUACUUUAUUGAGCAAGCAAAAAAUAUGAACCACAAGGUUGGAAGCCUUACAAUACCAUUAACAAUCUUUUUUUGGUUCUAUAUUCAAGCAAAAAUGUAUUUUCCAGCAUUGUACUUCGGUGUUUCCGGGUUGUUUUGUGGAUUUAAUACUCGAACUGUGGCUCCCGUAAUUGGAAUUAUGGUAUCAAUGGUACUAGGUGCACUAUGCUGUGUUACUGCUGCAAAGGUCGAAUCCCAUAGGCUUCAUGUGGUUAAAAGCCAUGGUUUACUGGAUAAGCCCGAUGAGAGAAUUCCUUUGUCCGUCUUCUGGUUACUUCCUCAGUUUAUCCUCCUUGGUGCUGUAGAGGGCAUGUUUGAAAUCAGUGCAGCUGCUUUCUUCGAUCUUUAUUUCACUCCCGCCUUGAACAGGUACAUGCUCCUUUUUGGCUGUGUUGUGCAUGGGCUGGGAUGCAUAGGCAGUAUACUUUCGGUCUACGCAGUGGGUAAGGUGAGUGAAAGGGGAGGAAUGCCGAGUUGGUUCCAGGAUACCCUCAAUAAGAGUAGGCUCGAUAAUUACUACUGGUUUCUGUGCUGCCUCUGCGCCAUAAACCUCGUCAUGUAUGUGGUAAUGAGGUUUUGGUAUGCCUGGAGGAGUACAGAUGCACAAGACCAAGAUGAUUCCGAGGAUUCUAGUUGUUGUUGCUGCUGUUGUUAGAUGAUUGAUUGUAUGUACUGUACUAUAUUCGU